AUGGCAGCUUGUAGAGACGGAGCGACCGCUGCGGUCGCCGGCAUCAUCGACCGCGCCGCUUCGUACGACGUUCGGAGCGAGACCCCGACGCUGGUAGGACGGCACCUCGGCGCUCUCGAUGGCAUCGACGGCGCUGCGCCGACGACAUCUUGCACGGUUUGGGCGGAAGACGGAAGUGCCGCCUUGGGCGACGGCAAGGGCUUCCCGCUACCCCUGUCGGUGUUCCGCUUGUUGUUCGGCGCAGAGCUCUCCCGCCGCCGGGGGGCUGCUCCUCCGUCACCGACGCAACGCCCUACAGGGCAAUCGCCUGACCUUUCCGCUGCAAGGACGAAGACGGCGACGGUGGUGUUGGUGGGCGAUGGGACGGGAAGUGUGCGGUGGUCGCCGGUGCCCCCGCUCGCUGGGGUUUCCGGCGGCAUUCUCGCCUGUCUUCCUGGAGAGAAGACGGCGGUCGUUGCCACCCUGCCGGAGCUGGACGUCGAGUCGCGAGCAAUCGGGGUGCUGGUCGUCGGCGCCAACGGGACGUUGUUGAGCCUCACUGCUGCUGGCAGUGCUGGAUCAUGCCGCGGCAAGAUUUCUCGGAAACGGCCACGACCCGACGAUGUCGAGGCGAUGGCGGGCGGAGGGACAGCAACGGGAGGAGGCGAAAGCACGACCGCGACGGAAGAUUUUGGUUGGGCGGCCGCGGCGGCAGCGCAGCUGGUGGAGACAAGAAGUGAACAAGCCCCGCCACCGUCGGUGUGUUGGCGCCGUCUCGGGCUGCCCUUUCCAGUCGCGUCUGCCUGUUCCGCGCCCGGGUUUCUGGUGCAUUGUCACGCCGGCGCCCUGUUCGCCACCGCCUUGCCGAUGGCAAGUGGCGGCCCCGCGGAGGCGGACAACCUGUCGCUGGCGCAUCAGCUCUCAAGCCGUCCAACGAGAGUCGGCGUGCGCGGCGCUUCCCCCGCGGUGCUCCCUCUUCGCCCGGUGCGCCUGCCGCUCCCUUGCGACACGGUCGGCGUGGCCGUGGCGCCGGUGCUCGCCGCCGCCGCCGAAGGGGCGGGCACGACUUCCUCCGACACCACCGCUGGCUUCCUACGGACUCUGGUGCUGUCGUUCUCGGCGGGAGGUAGACUCGUGGGGUUCAUGGCCCCGCAGUCCGUGGGGGAGCUGGAGGGGUGGAGCUUGGACACGGGGAAGGGGGGCGUGAGGGCCGGCGGCGGAGCCGGCGUGGAGCGCCGUGUGCGGUGCCAGUUGGAGCGGCUGUCGAGCCUGGGGAGGCAGUGCGCGGCGCUCUCCGCGGUGUCGGCGGAGCGAGAUCGAGAGAUCCGCGUCCUUCGGGGAGCGACCGUUUUGCUGCCGCCGCUCGCCGCCGCUAGCGCAAGCGCGCGCAACGGGAACGGGACCGGUGGUGCCUCACACACGCCGUCGGAAACUUUGGGGCACAGCGUCUCGAUGGCCCCGGACACGCAGCAGGAAGCCGCCGGGUUUGGUGACGCGUACGGCGGCGGCCCGGGAGCGGUCCAGGCCGACGCCCUCCGCGUGCGGCUGUGCGUUCGGCUGUGGCCUCGAGAGGGAGGCCGCGCGAGCGGGGAGCUUCAGACCGUCGCCGAGGGGGAAGACGGCGGCGCCGGCCGAUGGUUCGUCGUUACCAGGAUCGUGGAGGAGGACGGUGGGACCGGUAGCGGCGGCGGCGGCGGCGGCGGCUAUGGUGACGAGAACGUGGGAGAGGGGUGGGCCUGGUCCACGUCCUCCAUGGUGCCGAUGGGUCCGUUGUGCCAGGGGUGGCCCUGGAGCUGUUCGGCUGCGCUCACUCUGCCCUCCGCGCGACCAGUAACCGUCACCUCGUGGCUGCAGUUCCGGUACGGCGCGAACGGUGGCGGCGGUGAUUGGGAUGGCGGGAGUCCCGGCGGCGGUACUGGGGGAGAAAACGCGCAUGACGAAGCUGCCGGGGUUUGCGUGGAGCUCGGGAGCUCGCGGUUCGACGUGUUGGACUGGGGAGUCAGGCUCCCCUCCGUCCCGCGAAGCGCCGCCGCCGUGCGCGCGGCGUCUCGCGGCCGCGGCUCCAGCUUCUGCGGACCGGACUUGGCGAUUGCUGACGUCUUCGGCGGGUCUCCCUCUGCCGCCGGUGGCCGGAAAGGGGGGUGUGGCGGCGGCGGCGGCGGCAGCGGCGGCGGCAGCGGCGGCGGUGGUGCCGGGAACGCGAGCGGGGGGAUGCGGGCGGUCUCGACCGCGGCGCGGCCGGCGGUGCCGGCUUCGUGGAGCAGCUUCCGGUUGCACGUGAGGUGCCCGGACCGUGACGCCGGUGCGCUGUUGGCUCUCCUGGUACCGCCUUUGACGACGCCGCCACCCCUAGCUUCAGGUGGCGGCGGCGGCGGUGGCGACGGUCAGGCGGAAGUCGCCGUCCGCGUGGCCGGGCAAGUUGCGAUUGUCCGUGCGACCGACUGCGCGCCGGCUGGAGGAGAAGGUGACGGUCGGGCGAGAGCAGCGGCGGGGCCCACGGCUGCGGAAGUCGCCGUAACGUGCUCGCACGCGGCGAUGGCCCCGCUCGUCCGAGAGGCUCUCGUGCGUCGGGCGGGGUCGCUGCUGGUUUCGUCGCCAGAGAACGGUCGGGGGCGAGAACCAGGCGUUGGUAACAGCGGCGGCAGCGGGAGCGGGGAGAUCGGUGUGAGGCAACAGGGGGAUGCCGCGGCGCGGCUGGCGCGCGAGAUCUACCCCAUGAGGCAGGCUGUGGCGGACGUGGGCGACGCGGCGAGGGCACUGGGUGCAGAGCGCGCCGGUGACGGGCCUAGCACCAAGAGCGCCAAGGAGGCGCUGGCGCUCAUGUACAGGAUGGGGGAGAUUUAUCAGAGCCUGCGACGCCAGCAAGAAACUGCUGGCCUGGUGCUGUAA